CUGAAGUCUUGAAGCUCGUACCGUCUCUCUUGUGUCCAUCGCUGCUCUCCACUGCUUUCGCCAUGGCCGACCUCUCCGCACCACCAGUCAUGCAAGACCCCAUGCAAGGCAUCCCGCCGCCCAUCGCCGCCCCCACCCCCGUCGCCGGCGCACCCAUCCCCCUUGCCGGCAUGGCAGUUCCCCCAGCAGGUGCGGCGCAACCCCCACCCGCCGAGGAGCAGGCGACGGAGACGCUGUACAUCCAGAACCUGAACGAGAAGAUCAAGAUCCCGGUGCUGAAGGCGUCCCUGCGCGGCCUGUUCAAAUCGUACGGCGAGGUGCUCGACGUGGUCGCGCACAGCAACCUGCGCAUGCGCGGGCAGGCGUUCGUGUCGUUUGCGGAUGCGGACGUCGCGAAAAAGGCGUUGAAGGAGGUCCGCGGGUUCCCGCUGUACACAAAACCGAUGCAAAUAUCGUUUGCGAGGACACGAUCGGACGCUGUUGUGAAGAAGCUGGACGAGGAUAACUUUGACUCGCACAAGGAGAAAAGACUAGAACACAAGAAGGCCACGCGUUACACGAACCCCAUUAAGAAGAAGUACCGCCAGAAGCGGUUGGCUGCCGAGAUGGACGGUGGCGCGGCAGCACCAGCAGCGAAGCGGCCAAACGUCCAGAUGCCGGACGAGUACCUGCCGCCCAACAAGAUUCUCUUCCUGCAAAACCUGCCCAAGAACGUCAGCAAGGACCAGCUCAUGGCACUCUUCGCGCAGUACCCGAACCUCCACGAGGUCCGUCUCAUCCCCACGAAGAAGGACAUCGCGUUCGUGGAGUUCCUGGACGAAGCGAGUGCGACCGUGGCGAAGGAUGCGCUGCACAACUACAAGCUGGACGGCGAGAACAAGAUCAAGAUCACCUUCGCGCGCAAGUGAUCGUUUCAUUACCUUGCUCCGGAACUGAUGCUUGCGGGGAGUUGUUCUCAUACGUACGUUAUUGCCCCUGUAUUCUUGCGCGCCGUCGCAGUGUAUUAUAUGGGCUUGUCUCGCCGAUAUCCACCCAUCGGACCGCCCACUCUUGUUGUGUCGCUCGCAAAACCUUUU